AUUCCACCAUGCCUACGCAAGCUCUGCACAGACCUCUCGCUCCAUAAAUUGAGAGGCUGCUGAUGGUCUCAGCAUCAGACAGCAAAGAGGCUUCCAAGCUACCCUUGCCUGCUCCAGCUCCAGCCACCACUUCUCCAGCAACAUGAAGGUGUUUGUGGUUGCCCUCACCAUCCUCAUUGUUGCCUUCUGCUACCAGACCUCUGCUGCUCCACUUGGCUCCGACCCACCAACCUCCUGCUGUUUCUCCUACGUCUCGCGGCAGCUGCCCCGCACCUUUGUGAAGGAUUACUACGAAACCAACAGCCAGUGCUCCCAGCCUGCUGUCGUGUUCAUCACCAGGAAGGGCCGGGAGGUCUGUGCCAACCCCAGGGAGGACUGGGUCCAGCAGUAUGUGAACGAGCUGGAGCUGGACUGAGCUCCUGCGCAGAGCCAGCUGCUCCCUGUCCCCACUGCCGGGAGGGACAGGUGUCACCAGCUGGGGUCCACUGGAAGGGCUUCAAUGUCAUUUAGAGCUAGCUGAGAAACUGAAAACAUUCCAAAACACAACUUAAUGUUGUGUAUUUAAUUUUUUAUAGGGGAGGGAUCAAGUGCAAUAACUCUGAGAUAAAAAAAAAAACUUAUUUAAUAUGUUUUUGGGGGGUUUUUUUGC